CUUUGCACCAACCAAAAUCUGUUGGAAACGCCAACAUUCAAACACAAUCAAAACUUGACCAAUAUGGACGCGAGCUUUCCGCGCGGCAAGAAGCCCAAGACCGCAGAGGAGGAUGCGUCCAAGAAGCGCAAGAAGACGUCCGAUUCGGAAGUCCUCUUCGGCAAGAAGGAUAAGUCCGUCGUCGACGACACGCUCGCAGGUAGUGCCGACCACAAACGACCCAAGCACCACAAAUCCAAAGACGUCAAGUCGUCGUCGACUGCCGCCGACAAGUCCGCUCCGGACGCCAAGCCAGCAUUGGCCCAUGUCAUCACAUUCAAGACGUUGCGUCCGCAGAUGCUGGUCAUGGGGGUCAUUCGUCAGAUCAACGAGCACGACCUCGUGGUGAGCUUGCCCAACAAACUCAACGGCGUCGUCGCGCGCAAGGAAACGUCCGACGAAGCAUCUUCUUCUUCUUCGUCGACGUCUACCCUCACGGACCUCUUCCACAUCGGACAGUACGUUGCAUGCGUGGUCCUCAAAUGUUCCAAGGAAGACCGCGGCAAGCGCAUCGAGCUGUCGCUCCGGACGUCGCUCGUCAACGCAAACCAGAGCGUCAAGCACAUCGUCAAAGGUGCGUCCAUCUACGCCAGCGUCGUCAGCGUCGAAGACCACGGCGUGAUCGUGAACCUCGGCGUCCGAGGGUUCACCGGUUUCAUCCCGACCAAGGACUUGCAUUUGCCGGACGGCCACACGGAAGCGCGCCCCGGUCAGCUCUUCUUUUGCGUCGUCGUGGGUGUCAACGUGCACACCAACACGGCCACGCUGACGACGGAGCGCGCCGUGGCGGUCAAAGCCAUCACCCGCGGCGACUCGUUCACCAUGUCCACUCUGUCGCUUGGCAUGCUCCUCAACGUCAAGGUCGAGGACGUGCUCGCGAACGGCCUGCAAGUCAACUUCCUCACCUUCUUCUCGGGCACGGUCGAGUACAACCACAUGAGUAACCCGUGCCAGAAGGACUGGGCUGCCGCGUACAGCAAGGGGCUCAAGGGCCGCGCGCGUAUCAUCGGGAUUGACAGCACUACCAAAGCCGUGACUCUGUCCAUGGCACCCCACAUUGUCUACUUGCAAGCGCCGGAAUUCAAACAAGCGAUCGGAGAUGUUGUCGAGACCGCCGUGGUGCAUCGCAUCGACGCGGGCAUCGGCAUGCUGCUCAGUCUGGCAGGGCCGGCCAGUGUCGGCGGCGAUCGGCUGUCGUGGAAGGAGUUCCUGCCGGCGUUCGCGCACAUCUCCCGCGUUGCCGACUCGCGCAUUGAAAAGCUCGACAAACACUUCAAGGUAGGCCAGGUGGUCCCGGGUCGCGUGGUUGGGUACUGUGCGUUCGACGGGCUCGUCAACUUGACGUUGGCGCCGUCCGCGUUGACCAAGGCGGUGCUGCGCCAGGCGGACCUGGUACCGGGGUCGCUCAUCAAGGGCAAAGUCGUGUCGGUCGAGUCGUGGGGCAUCCUCGUCGACAUCUGCGACGGCGUGCGGGGCGUCGUCAACUCGUCCCAUGCGCCCACGGUGGCACUCAAGAAGACCAUGUCCAAGUACAAACCAGGCCAUGUGAUCGACGUGCGCGUGCUGCAAGUGGACGUCGCGGCCAAGCGGACCCACCUCACGCUCAAGAAGGGUCUCGUCGCGUCCGAUUUGACACCGCUGACGUCGUACGAACAGGCGACCCCGGGCACCGUCGCCCACGGGUUUGUGACCAAGAUCGCCGACUUUGGGCUCAUUGUCGGCUUCUACAACGGUGUGUUCGGUCUCGUGCCGGCAGCUACGCUGCACAACGCGGGAGUUGAGGACAUUGCGGCCGCCUACUCUGCGGGACAGGUGGUCAAGGUGGCCGUGGCCCGCUGCGACGCCACCAAGAAGCGCAUGACGCUUACGUUCGACACAACCAAGUCGUCCUCUUCGACGUCCGGCAAGGGCGCCAAGGGGUCGCUCCCGUCGUCGUCGCCUGCCGUCGCGGCGGGCACCGUCGUGUCUGUGACCGUCACCGACGUGGAGGACUCGGUCGUCCGCGUGCAAACGGCCGACGGCAUCGACGGCGUGCUCCCGCUGGCCCACUUGACCGACUUCCCGCGCUUGUUUUCGCCUUCCAUCGCGGUGGAAGACACGUUUGACGCGCUCGUUUUGUUCCAGUCGCAAGACGGCCUGCUCCACUUGACCAAGAAGCCGACGCUUUUGGCCCACAAGGCCACCAUGCCGUCCACGUUUCAAGACGUGGCCGAAGGGCGGCUGGUCACGGGCUUUGUGCGCGAUAUCCGCCCGUUUGGGGUGUUUGUGAGCUUCCUCAACAACUUGCAGGCGCUCGCCCCCAUCGCGUUCCUCACGGACCGAUUCGUGAGCUCCCCCGACGGAUUGUUCCAAAUCGGCGACACGGUGCAGUGCCUUGUGCACAAGGUGGACGCGGAGAAGAGCCAGUUCAUGCUCGACUUUCGCGUGCCGUCGCCGUCCGUGGAUGGCCUCUCCGCUUUGUUGGCGGAGCAUGCCGCGUCCCACGCACCGAUCAUCGCGCACACCGUCGGACACUCGGAAAAGGCCGUGUUCAUCUCGGCCAAGAAGUACGGCCACGUGUGUGCGUUGGCGGAGGACGACGCCACGGUCGUGGUUCCCAACACAACCGACUUGGACUGGACCGAGAACGACAAGGUCAAGCUCCGCUUGGUCGACUACGACUUUGACAAGCAAGUGUACUAUGGCCACGCCCUGCCCGCCGAGUUUGUCAAGGCCGGCGACAGAAAAGGACGCAAGGCGGCGGCUCGUCUUGCCAACGACACGGACGUAGACGCGACCAUCUUGCUCUUGCGCGACGAGUAUGCCGUGGUGACGCUAGCCGAGUCUCACGCGGUGGCCCUGCUGCAAGUCGCUUCGUUCCACCAACCGGCGGCAACCUGCGACGACCUGUCGCUGGAAGUUGGCCAAGUGCACAAGGUGAUUGUCAAGGGGCAUGCCAAGGGGAGCGCGCCGUUCAGCGACUUGCCGCUCGUGGUGCUGGCAACGUCGAUCAAAAAGAACAAGGGGACCAAGUCGGCGAAGAAGGACAACCAAGAACUGCACUUGCCCAAGUACCACGGGUCGGACUUUGUGAUUGGUGCGUCGGUGACUGGCCGCAUCGUUGGCAUCAAGGAAGACUCGAUGGAGCUGAAAAUCAAGUGCUCCACGAGCACAGGCAAAGUGAACGCGUUCGUGUCGAUUGUGGACGUGGACGUGACGACCAAGGGCAGCCACCCGUUUGACGCGUUCGCCGUCAACUCGGUCGUGACCGGUCGCAUCGUCGCGUUGGUUGAAAAGGGCGCCAACCAGCGCAAGCCCGUGGGCGAAGACAACGUCGCCAACUUCCGCUCCCUCAACGUGUCGCUGCGUGCGGCGGACCAGACCGGGGACAACUUGACCCCCCGCGCCGACUGGGCCGACGCCGGGUAUGACCUGCUACAGUCGGGCAAGUUCUUGCCCGGCGUAGUCGUGGAAACCACCAAGGACGGGGUCAUGGUGCGCCUCAGUGCCCGCGUCGUGGGCUUCGUGCACGUGCUCGAGCUGUCCACGGACCCGUCGGCGCUAGCGUCGUUUGCGCAGUCGUUCCCUGUCGGCACGCCGCUGUCCGUCCGCGUGCUGUCGUGCGACCCCGACGCCAAGACGCUCGACCUGACGACGCACAAGAAGGCCCGGUCUGCGCUGGAAGUGGGCUCGGUUGUGCUGGGCCGCGUCAACCUCAAGGUGCGUGCGCUCGCGGCUCCGUCCGUGAUGCUGCAAGUGGGCGCCCAUACAUUUGGCCGGAUUUGCGUGAGUGAAGUCGAAGACACGCCGUCCAACUUGCCGCUGGCGGGGCUCGUGCACGGCACGUUCGUGCAGGCGGUGGUGCUGAGCAAGGACCCGUCGUUGGAACUCACGGUCAAGGCGGGCGCGCUCGCCAACCCCAAGCAGUACGCGGCUGCGGACGCGGCGCAAAAGGGCAAAUUGCCCCAAGUCGGCGACUUGGUCUCGGGCUACGUGGCCACCGUUGCGGCAGGCGGAGUGUUUGUCCGUCUGCACCGAUCGGUCACGGCGCGUGUGAUGCUCCGCGACUUGAGUGACGAGUUCGUCAAGGAGCCGGCGGCGACGUUCCCUCCGGGUACGCUCGUGGCCGGUCGCGUGACCAAGGUCGACAACGGCAAAGUCGAAUUGAGUUUGAAGGCGUCCGUGGUGACCGGCUCCACGAGCCAGUUGACGGUCAAGUCGCUCACGGUGGGUCAAACGGUCAAGGGCACGAUCCGCAGCAUCCAAACGUACGGUGUAUUUGUGUUGCUGGAAAACAGCAGCGUCAGUGGACUGUGUCACAUCAGCGAAGUGGCCGACGCCAAAGUCAAGUCACUUGACGGGGUAUUCUCUGUGGGCGACUACGUCAAGGCAAAGGUACUCAAGGUCGAAGGCGGCCGCGUGUCGCUGGGGUUGAAGCCGUCGUAUUUUGAAAAUGAUGUCAGCAGCGACGAAGAAGAGGACGAAGAAGACGAGGUAGAAGUGGAGGAAGAGGACAAUCGGCAAGUGCACGAUGUCGACAUGGACGGCGACGACGACAGCGACGCUGCUGCGGUGGACAUCAACGACGACGACUCUGACGAUGCAAUGGGCCAAGACGACGAUGAUGAUGACGACGACGAGAAUGAACCGGUGGAAGCCCCGCAUGCCGACUUUACAUGGGAUGGGUUUUCGAUCGACCAACCUGCUGCGGCUGCCGACGGGGACGACGAACAAGAUGGCGACGACGCAGCAUCUCAGUCCAAGUUGAAGCGCAUGAAGAAGCGCCUCAAGGAGCAUGAAGACAUGUACGUGGCGUACCGCGAACGCGCGUUGGCGGCGGGCGACAGCGUGCCCGAGAGUGCCGACGACUUUGAGCGGCUGCUGGCCGUAUCCCCCCAAAACUCGUUCUUGUGGAUCCAGUACGUGGCGUUCCACGUGUCGCAGACGGACAUUGCCGCCGCCCGUGACGUGGCAACGCGUGCGACGUCCAAGAUCUCGUUCCGCGACGUCCAAGAAAAGUUCAACGUGUGGGUGGCGUUCCUCAACUUUGAGCACGACCACGGCGACGAAGCGUCGUUCCAGCGCGUGUUCAACUCUGCCAUCCGCGCCAACGACCCCAAAAAAGUGUACCUGCAGCUGAUCGAGAUUUACUCCCGCCACGACCAAGCCGAGGACGUGCUGAGUACGUUCAAGACCAUGCACAAGAAGUUCAACACAAGCGCCAAGGUGUGGCUCAGUAGCCUCAAGUUUCACAUGGCGGCGGGCGACGCGCCGACUGCGCGGCAGCUCCUCUCCCGCAGCAUGCAGUCGCUGCCCAAGCACAAGCACGUCAAGGUGCUGACCAAGUUUGCGCUCAUGCAGUACGAGUUCAACGAGAAGGAGCACGGACGCACGGUAUUUGAACAGCUCGUGGCCACGUACCCCAAGAAGAUGGAUCUCUGGAACGUUUAUCUGGACCGGGAGAUCAAGUACGGCGCCCAAGACAGCACGCGGCUCUUGUUUGAGCGCGCGCUGAGUCUGUCGCUGUCAGCCAAGAAGAUGAAGGCGCUGUUCAAAAAGUACUUGACAUAUGAAAUCGACCAUGGCACGGACGCGUCCGUCGCGCAUGUCCAAGGGCUGGCCGCCGCCUACGUCGAAGCGUCUGCGUAGGACCACACACCGCACACGAGGGCGUAUUUACAUAAGAAGAAUAGACAUUUGACGAUGAUUCAAAGCUGCGGAAGGAUGUGUUGGGUAGCAACGCGCGAAGGCGGUCGGUAUUUGAGUAGCAAUUGAAACGGGUCUAUGGCUAUAUAGUUGGAGGGAUUUGUUAAAGCUCAACCACGCGUAGUGUGUUGGGAGAGCGUUUCGGGGUGUUCGAAGGUCCUGGCUUGACGCUAGGUGCAUCAUGAUAUUGGGGAUGGCGAGUAUGAGUAUGGUGGCGAUGGGACUUUGGUGGUUGCGAUGGGCUUUCUCGGCGAUCACGUCGUGUCCAUUGUUGCUUGGAAGAAGUCGUUGAGUCGCGGCGGUUCGACGAGGAGGCACGACUUGCUGUGGUAUCCAAGUCGACGCCGGAGACGUCUUGGAUGUGUGGUGGAGAAGGACUCGUCAGGACGGCGACGUCGAUGCCACCUUCCGAAACCGGUUCGUCGUGGGCUGGGGCAGGUGAUGUGGCAUGCUCUGGCAGGACAGAAUCCUGAUCUUGUCGAGUGGAGGGGGAUCGGAGGCCGCGGGGACGGUAUGUAGGCUGCUCGUCUUGAGGCACAAACCCAGGUCGGACGCGAAUUUGUUUCCGCACCGACCCGUCGGCCCGUGCAGAUGAAGGAAUGACCACUUCUCCCGACGUUGUUUCCACGGCACCCAAGGGAAUGCGUCGGGUUUGAUCUCGCAUCGUUGUCUUUUCAUCGCUGAUCGAAAGGGAAUCAAUACAUGCCGAGAGGUCGUCGGAGUCUUUUGGGGCAGCUACUGCACGAGGCUUCGGUGGCGUCGAAGUCGAUGCAGCUCCGGCUGCCUGUCGUAGUGCCCUGGGGCGAUACAUAGGUUGUUCAUCCUGGGGGACAAAUCCCUGGCGCACUCGUAUCUCCUUACGCACACUUCCAUCAGCGCGGGCACUUGGAGGGAUCACCACUUUCCCAUCCUCAUUCUCCACUGCGCCAAGCGGCAAUCGGCGCGGUAGCAUCA